GACGGAUCGAGCAAUAUUGUGAGGCAUUUUUUCGACCUACGAAAUAAACGAAGAAAUUGUCUGCUAAGCAUCUAUCCCGCUAAAAAUGUCUAGAAUGUCACGCCUCUGUUUCGCAUUAUUUGUUUGUGGCAUGCUGGCUAUCCCGGAAGUUUCUGCGCUGAAAUGCUACGUACGGCAUAAUGUGGGGCAGGACGAUAAAGAAGUCACCUGUCCACCGCCGACUGAUAGGUCGUUAACCAUGGUCUGCGUGAAAACGACUUUCGUGCAAGACGCUAAUAAUGCCGACCGUUUUCUCACCCAGACUGACACGAAGAAAGGCUGCAGAAUCCAUCCCGAUGCGAGGUUGAGAAUGGAAUGUGUAUCUGGAGGCGUCAACGACAUGCUUUAUGAGCACUGCUAUUGUAAUACCGAUUUGUGCAAUUCUGCAGUUCGCCGGACAGCGAUGCCAUUGUUAGGAUUGGGAAUUAUGGCGGCUGUAGUUUUCCGUUGGUUGUAAACCGUUUCCGUCUACAGUUAUGGAGCUGAUGAUUUCUAAUCCAAUGAUCAGGGUCCAAAAGAAGGAGGGAAGAUUAAAGGACAUUUACUUCCUUGUCGACCGAAGCGUAGCGAAGGUCCUCGAUGUUCAGCGUUCAUGAAAAAUGUGGUGUCUGUCGGUCACCGGCGCACCGCCAUCUAAUGCCCAUAUGCGCGGCCUUCCUACUAUCAAAUGCACACGUGC